CCGAAAGGUUAUUGUUUAUUGAAUAGAUUUUUAAGGACUUUAUCAUGCACGUUUUACCAUCAUCAGUUUUAGUUAUUUGUUGUGUUUAUGUUUUUGAAAUUAACGCUUUUAAUUCAACUCAGAAUUAUCAUAGUAACAGUGAUAUUUUAGUGCGAAAAGCCCGAUGGCUACCUUUAAUUUAUCCUAGAGCCAAUCCUACUCGAUUGCAGAUGAUCGCAGGUUUUGGUAUACCCGUGGAUGAACUCAAAGUGGAAUCGGUGGUUACGGGUUAUGUUUUAAAGGCCCAAUAUUACUUACCAUACUCCCCCAAGCAGUUAAGGACCAAGGAUGUGCAUGAAAUCUCUGAAGGAAGGCUACUAGAGAAUGCCACAAUCUUUGAUAAGGUCAUGCAGAUGACUGAACAAAAACUAGGUUUGGACAAUAUCCUGCAGGAGGAUCUCCAGGCUUUGGGCAGUUAUCGUUGGUCGGUCUACGAGGCUUUUACGGCUUUGGCCAUUCGCAUGAAGUUAAAUGGCAGAGUUUGUGUCCUGAAGAGCAUCUGUGAAAGUGCGGCGGCUCCCUUCGACGAUCGAAAUGGUUUGCUGGGUGAAGUGCUUCACAUCCUGCUUACACCCUCUAGUUCGGUGGAUCCCCUGUCGGAGCACUCGGACAACGAUUACCUGCAGGCCGAGCGAUUGGGAGCAGCUGGUAGCGAUUGCGAUCAGGUAUAUCCAAGGUGUUCCAAGUCCUUGCUGGAGCACUUCAGUGAUGUGCAUCAUCUGGGCAGCGAGUUCCUCACCAUGUUGGGUUGA